GCGGGCCUCAGUACCGCGAGUAGUCGACGAGCGACGUGAUAACGAUAUUGCCCAGCUGCAGCCAUGCAUUUUCGCGUAUCGCCUCUGACCGCGUCCGGCAUAGUCCCGGCGUUGGCGCUUCAUAUUAUACUACUGUUGUGCCGCACGGGAGAUGCCGGCGCGCAGGGGGAACUGUCGUACACGUUCGUCCGAGACUCGCCCGACAACGAUUCGCCGACCACGGUUCAGCCCGGCCAGGACAGCGAACAGCCCUACGCCGUGGAGCUGUCCGACAUGGUGUACAACCCGGAAACGGCCGGCGCCGACGCGGAUGCGGAACCGACCGGACCGCCGGAAGCCGGGCCCGGGACACGGUGGGUGCAGAGGAUACCGAAAGGCGCGGCCGUCAGGUCGGGCAAAUCCGCUCAACCUCAGGCCCUACCGUCCGACGACAGCCCCGUGUGGUUCGGCCAAGUGCUCUCCAACGUCUUGUACGGCGGUUGGCCCGGCCAAGACACCAGCCCGGCUUGCGCCAGAGAUUUGAACACCUAUCGGCAGUACGUCAAGACUUCCACGCUUUGGGCGAUCAAAAUGUUGGAUGCUUCGGCCAAAGGACCCGAAGGUUUGUUGACCGGUAACACCGCGAGCUUUGGAAAUUUCGAACAGUGUGUGGGCACAUCGUCCAAACGGACCGGAGUGGCCGGUGGUUAUAGUUUAAUCGAUAUAGAUUUCCGACCGACCUAUGAUGUGUACCCCGAUUUCUACAAUAACGAUCAUUCCAGAGAUUAUUUGCCGGACGACGACGAAGAAUCAGUAUGGGAAGCCAUAAAAGACAACAUACAAGUAGAGUAUGUUCAGAGACACCGUUACCAGUGGGCGGUUUGCUUACCAGACACGUGCAAGGUGGAAGACGUUCACAAUAUAGUAAGCAAUGCUCUGUUGCCAGAACUUAAACGCAACGGUCUAGAAGGAAAUAUCAGCGUGGACCCGACACUGCACACUUCCAAAUACACCACUUAUAAAUACACGGCAGGAUUUUACUUAGUGAUCACCGGGUUUUUGUUAUUGAUCGGUCUAGUUGGUGCUGGAACAGCCUACGAUUUUGUGUUUUUGUAUUACAGACCCAAGUCCGAACACGGACCGUUAAAGAAAAUUAUGAAGCCUUUCUCGUUAAUAUCAAACAUCGAACGCCUAUUGAAACCCUCCGAGUCCGACGAAUUUUCCGUGAUCAACGGUUUGAAAGUCUGUUGUAUUCUACAAGUGAUCCUCGGCCAUAGAAAUAUAUUAGAAUACGGAUAUCCUCAAAUGGACAGCGAUUGGGUGUAUUGGACGCUACACAAUUUCAUGUGUAACUACUUCAAAUGCAUCGUUUUCCUGGAAACGUUUUUCGUUAUCAGCGGCUUCCUCACUUACAUCAUGAUCACAAAACAACUCGAACAAAAGAAACAGCUGAACUUCAUACCGAUCAUGAUCUACAGAUGGUUAAGGAUAUUCCCCGUGUACGCGGCUCUCAUCGUCACAUACAUAUUUGUACUGCCCUACAUGAACAGCGGCCCAUAUUGGCAGAACAUCGUGUACAGGGAGUCAGAAAGAUGCCAAAAGAACUGGUGGACCAACGUGCUUUUUAUUAACAACUACGUGCACACCGACGAAUUGUGCAUAAUUCCAGCGUGGUAUUUGGCGUGCGAUAUGCAUUUCUUCAUAGUCGGAACACUCCUUACAUACGUCAUGUGGAGAUGGCAGGAAUUGGGCAGAUGGGCUCUAGGAGUCUGUAUAGCGGCUUCCACAAUCAUCCCCGCGUAUAUGAUAUACGUUGGCAACUAUCAAACGGUCGGACCCCUAGACGCAGCGAGCCUUAAGGAUUUAGCCAAAACAUCUUAUUAUACCGACGUGUACAUCAAGAGUCACAUGAGAGCCACGCCGUAUUUCAUUGGAAUGGCAGCCGCGUACAUUUACAAAAGACUUAAGGAAUCGGAUUACAAAGUGUCGCUGAAAAACCGCAUUAUUUGGAUACCGAUUUGUGUUGUCGUUGGAAAUCUAGUGUACUUGGGAACAUCGGUAUUUUACACGUUCGGAAUAGGUCUCCCGUAUUCCUCUUUGAAGCACUCCAUGUACUUCACAAUCAGUCGGUUGGCUUGGUCGCUGAUCAUGUCCUACACCAUAGUGGUCCACGGAGUGACCGGUUUAGGCGUUAUUUUCAGCGGCUUUUUAGGUCACAGAAUGUUCCAAGUGUUCGGAAAACUCGUGUUUUGUAUAUACGUUUUCCAAGAAAUCAUUCAACUCCAAACGGUCGGUUCGAUCAAGUACCCGAUUUACCAAGACUUCACGACCAUAACAAUGAAAUUUGGCGGUGACCUGUUCGUGGCAGUGGUGUACGCGUUCAUCAUGAACGUCACGGUGGAAUCGCCUUUUGACAGGCUGCAAAAGAACGUUAUGAAAAUGUUUUACGGAGAAAUGUUUAUAAAAAAAACCAAGGAGCACCUACCGGAAGUCCAAACCGAAUUCACACUAAAAGACUCGAAGGCUUAAGACUAUAGUGAAACUAAUAUUACAUACAGUUUGCGUUAUUCCUUGUAAAUAGACAACUAGUUACCCGAAACUGCACUGUUCGUGGCCACGGUCAUGACUAAACGAACAUCAGCUGUAAAGUAUAUAUAUAUUAGUCACCAUAACUUUCAAAUCGACGUCUAUCAUGAGGCGUUUUUCGAACUCUGUUUUUUUUUUUUUUUUUACAAACAAUGAUAAUAUUGUAAAUUAUAUUGUAAUUACUCAGCUGUACGGUCCAACUCUACAGUUGUAAAUAGUUACGUUUCAUGUAGAAGUUAGUUUUUGUGAGCAAAACUAGAAAGUAACCGAUUUUGUUAACUUUUUUUUUUUUGGUUAAAUUGACUGUAUUUGUAAAAAUAAAAGAGUUUUUUUAAUGUGACGAUUUGGUGGACGUGUCAAGAGCUAAACGGAAGUAUAACGGUACCGAUGGAGGUUAAUGUCUUGAGAAGGAAAACCGAGGUGGACCCGUGGAAAAAGAGUGAAAUUGUCAAACGAGUACGCAUUAACGACGAUCAUAUUAAGCAAAAGCACUUUGCAUGCAUAAUGUAUGUAGCUUGCUAAUGAGACAAUAUGAAAAAUAAUUAUUAUUUUAUUAAAAUUCGUCGGUUUUGUAAUAAAUAUAUAAUAUAUAGGUAUAUUUUUUGUAUUAGGUAUUUAUAAAAUGUAUAAAUUAUUAUAACGACAUAAUAUUAUUACACUGUUUAAAUGUAUAUUUUUAAAUACAUAAGUAAGAUUUGAUUUUUUA